AUGCAUGCACCAACGCGCUGUCGAGCGUGCAUCUCACCCCUAACCCAACUUGCAGGCUCAGCUCACUCUUUUGAAAUUUCAACUCGGUUCACAAUCUCAUAUCGUUCAAAGGCUCUACGCACCACCUCAGAAGUUUGGACGAUGGUCAAGUUACCCAAGCUAAAAACCAAGCCGAAGCGUACGAUACCGGUCACAUCUUGCGCGCUAGAACUUUCAAGUCUCUUGCAAUGUUGGGCAACUACCAAUGACUUACAAUCGAUCGGGGCUUGUUCUGAAGUUGCAAAGAAUUUAUCUCGUUGCAUGGUCACAGCCAAAGCGGCUCCAGCUCAAAGAGCGGAUUCUAUCAAUUUCCGUUAG